AAAUGAAGAAAAUGAAACUUUCUAGAACCACAGAUAAACAAAGUUCAAGAAACAUGAGGCAGUUAGACACAUGUCCCAAUAAAACACAGGAGUGAAGUCCCUAAAUGAGACUCCAGACUCCAGUGCUGAGGACUGUGAUCUAAUGUGGGGUCCCCUGUGUCCCUCAGCAGCACCUCUGCCCUCUCACUGUCACUCAGACUGGACUGAGCAUGGAUCAGAGAGAGACCAGAGAGGACGGAGCCCCUCCCUCUAAAACCACUCACCCCCCCAGAGCUCACAGACCUGCUCCUGGGGCCAGCGCCGUCUCAUUCAAGAGUGUUCGCUCUAUGCUACGAGGUAUUAAGUUUAAAAGAGAAGCUGCUCCAGAUCUGGAGUUUGCUGGAGCUGUGAGGUUGACACCAGGACUCAGAAAGUAUUUCUGUGAUCUCACUCUGGAUCCAAACACAGCUCACAGAAAACUCAAACUGUCUGACAACAACAAGAAGGUGACACUUGUGUGGACGGAGCAGCCGUAUCCAGAUCAUCAGGACAGAUUUGACUUUUGGGCUCAGAUUCUGUGUUCCACUGGUCUGACUGGUCGCUGUUACUGGGAGGUCCAGUGGAGUGGAGAUGUUUAUAUAUCAGUGUCUUACAGAGGAAUUAGAAGAAAAGGAGCCUGUGAUGACAGUGGGUUUGGAUGGAAUGAUCAGUCCUGGAGUCUGGUCUGUUCUAAACGUGGUUUCUCUGUUUGGCAUAAUCACAAAAGCACUUACCUCCCUCAGUCCUGGUCCUCCUCUUCUGGGACAGCCUCAGUGUUUGUGGACUGUCCUGCUGGCUCUCUGUCCUUCUACACAGUCUCCUCUGACCAACUGACCCACCUCCACACCUUCAACACCACAUUCACUCACACUCUGCUCCCUGGGUUUAGUCUCUUGUCUUCUGACUCCUCAGUGUGUGUGUGUGCUCCGACACACUCACCCUCCUCUGUGUAAAAUACAACAGUCAAAUCUGUAGAAAAAUCACUCUGUAAAUGUUUUAUUUUGAUUUUAUUUGAGCAGAGAUUUCUUUUCUAAUGUGUUAUUUCCUCUAAAAGACAAACUGCAGACAUCAGCCUCACACUAGUGUCUGUACUGAACAAAUCACUGUGUUCAAUAUGAACUUUACAAACUCAUAAACAGGCACCACAUGCAGUAAGUGUACAGUCUGUAUAUGUGCUACUUUGGUCCUUGUUUGUUUGAUUGGGUUCAAUACUCCCAUAAGAAAGUAUGUUGUAUUUUUAUGUUCUGAGGCAGUGUUUUUGUCCAAUAAGAAGGAGGAGGAGACACAGUGGUGUAGACCAUAGUAAUUAGUACAUGUGGUCUUUUAUCAACCUUUCUUCAACUUGGAGAAGCCGACCGGAGCCACACCAAACAAACUAAACCACGAACUCAUAUAAAACAAUGGAAAUAUGAGUCUUAUUGUG